GAUGGCUGGUGCCGCUGCUGGCCGUGGCGGUGAUGGUGAACGCAGAGGGAGGAGAGAAAUCGUUUGUGAAGGUUCUGACCGACAGCACCUUCGAGCACGACACACAGUCGGUCACCGGGGCGACCACAGGCGACUGGUUCGUCGAGUUCUAUGCUCCUUGGUGCGGACAUUGCAAGUCGUUGACCCCCACGUGGGAGAGCUUGGCACAGAAGCUCAACGAGGAGAAGGAGGCAGGAGACGUUACUCCCAUCAUCGCCAAGGUCGAUGGAACCGUGAGCCCCAAGCUCCAAGAGAGGUUCCAGAUCAGAGGAUUUCCAACUCUCAAGAUGUUUAGCAAGGGAAAGAUGUACGACUACAUGGGGCCCCGCGACCUUGACAGCUUGUACGCCUUUGCCAAGGGAGGCUUCAAGAAAGAGACAGGGGCGCCUGUUCCCAAGGGAUGGGACGAGAUGAGUUUGUUUGACAAGGCCAGCCACCUCUACAUGGUCACCAUCCACCGCGAUAUGGAGAGCAUUUGGGAGUACCACAAGGCAGCUUUUUUCACCGGGCUUGGGUUUUCAUUCUUCUGUGGAAUGCUCCUCGGAUAUUUCUUGAAGAGGAGCCCAAAGGCUAAACGAGAGUGAUUGGGCCAACCCCGAGGAGACCUGUUCUCAGAUGCAAUGUCUCUCAAGAAUGAUAGUACAAUGUCCUCAAC